CUAAAAUGACACAUACAUCUUUAACACUAAAUAAUCUUGAAGAGAAUUUGAUUCAUGAUACAAAAAUUAAAGUUGCUGCAGUUGAUAUUGAUGGAAUUCUAAGAGGAAAAAUUAUUCAUAAAGAUAAAUUCUUGCAAGUAGCUAAGACUGGUUUUGGCUUUUGUUCAGUUAUAUUUGGUUGGGAUAUUCAAGAUAUUAAUUAUACUACAACUUCUAUUGAAUUUGCUGGAAAGGAUGCUCAAUACUUUGACUUGAUAGCCAAGAUAGACUUAAGCUCUUAUAGACGUAUUCCUUGGGAAAAUAAUAUACCCUUCUUUUUAGUUUCUCUUUAUCAUCCAGUUACCAAUAAACCUCUUUAUUGUUGUCCAAGAAACUUAUUAAAAAGUGCUGUACAGGAUUUUGAAGAAUUAGGCCUUACACCUUAUUGUGGGGUUGAAUUUGAAUUCUUUUGUUUCAAAGAAACAACUGAAAGUCUAGCGAAAAAGGAGUUUAGUCCAUUAACACCUCUUACCUUAGGUAUGUGCGGUUAUUCUCUAUUAAGACCAAGUCAAAAUCAAGACUUUUAUUUGAAUGCAUUUGAUUGGCUUCAACAGUUUAACAUUGAUAUUGAAAGUUGGCAUACAGAAACAGGACCUGGUGUCUUUGAGGCUGCCAUUUUUUAUAAUGAAGCUAAAGAAGCUGGUGAUCGUGCAACGCUCUUCAAGACAGCCAUGAAACAGAUUGGUUUGAAACACCAUGUUAUGCCAUCCUUUAUGGCUAAACCUUAUACAGAUCAACCCGGAUGCUCAGGUCAUAUGCAUUUUAGUUUGAAAGAUAGGAGUGGGGAUAAUGUUUUUGCAGUAGGAGAGCCAUCAGAUUAUGACGGUCUGACUCAAGCAGCUGUUUGGUUUUUAGCAGGUGUAUUAAGAGGAUUGCCGAGUAUUUUAGCUAUACUGGCACCUACAGUGAAUAGCUAUAAAAGAUUGGUUGAAAAUUAUUGGGCACCUGUAAGUGUUUCUUGGGGUAUAGACUCUCGACAUACAGCAGUUCGUGUUAUUGCUCCACCAUCUGCUUCUGCAAAUGCAACGCGUAUGGAAAUGAGAGUUUCAGGAGCAGACAUAAAUCCUCAUUUAGCUUUGGCAGCAGUAUUAAAAUGUGGAUAUUGGGGUAUUAAAACGAAACAAGAAUUACCAGUUGGACCUAGUCAUACUCCAGAUGAGGUGAAGCAGAAUAAGAAAUUAGCACGUACAUUACAGGAGGCUAUACAGGAGAUGGAAAAGGAGGACUCAGUAGCACGGAAAGUAUUGGGAAAUGAGUUUAUUAAUCAUUAUGUGGGUACAAGAAAGCAUGAAUGGAAUUUAUGGCAAAAUACUGUUACGGACUAUGAGUUGAAACGUUAUAUGGAACUGAUUUAGAGUAUAGUAAUAUAUAUAAAUAUGUAUAUAUUUAUAUGUACAUACAUGUUUAUUAAUUGUACACAUUUAUUUUUAAUAUGAAAGUCAUUUAUGCAUGCAUGCAUGUAUCUAUUCACAUAUAUAUCUAUAUAUGAUAUAUUGCUUAUUUUGAUUUUAAAAGACUACAUGUUUUCUUACUAUGGCCAUACUAUAUAUAAAAGAUAAAACUUUAAUAUACGCUUGUACUUUGUAUUUUAUUAUUUUGUUUACUUGUCCGCAAUGAUCA